AUGCCGCCCGUGGUUCAGUGCCAGUCGCAGCCUCAAACCAUCCCAUUCACAUGCCCCGUCAUCCCCGCGCCCAAGGCGCCGGCGCCCGCGGUCGCAGCAGCGCCAACGAAGCCCGAGGCAGCCACGGUCCCCGAGCCCAACUUUCUGGAGUCGGUGGAUUUGUACUUCGACCAGGCGGCGGCGAUCUCGCACGUGUCUCCGGAUAUUCUGGCGCAGAUCAAGGCGUGCAACACCAUCAUCCGCGUGCAGUUUCCGCUCAAGCUGCCCGACGGCCGCGUCGAGCUCGUCGAGGGGUACCGCGCGCAGCACUCGCACCACCGCCUGCCCGUCAAGGGCGGCAUCCGCAUGUCGCUCACCGUGGACGCGGAAGAAACCAUGGCGCUCGCGGCGCUAAUGACUUUCAAAUGCGCGUUGCUUGACGUGCCUUUCGGCGGGGCGAAGGGCGGCAUCAAAAUCGACCCGCGCAAGAUCUCACCAGAGGCGAAGGAGGCCGUCAUCCGACGGUACACGUCGGAGCUCGUGAAGAAGAACUUCAUCGGCCCGUCCAUUGACGUGCCUGCGCCCGACUACGGCACUGGCCCGCAAGAAAUGGCGUGGAUCAAGGACACGUACCAUAUGCUCAAGCCUGGCGACCUCAACUCCUUUGCGUGUGUCACUGGCAAGCCGCUGGAAGAGGGGGGCAUCCGAGGCCGCACGGCGGCGACGGGGCAGGGCGUGUUUGUGUGUCUGCGGGAGUUCUUCAAGAGCGCCAAGUGGAUGGGGCGGCUGGGCAUGAGCGAGGGCAUCAGCGGCAAGUCGUUCGUCGUGCAGGGCUUUGGCAACGUGGGGCGCCACACCAUCGACGCCAUAGUGGGCGCGGGCGGCCGCAUCGUGGGGCUGGCGGAGUGGAACGGCGGGCUGCUGGCGGCGCCGGGCGAGGCGCUCGACAUGGACGCCGUGAAGGCGCACGCGGCGCGCACGGGGGGGUCCAUUCUGGGGUGCGCGGGCGCCACGACGGUGAGCGACUCGGCGAGCAUCCUGGAGGCGGCGUGCGACGUGCUGAUUCCCGCGGCGCUGGAGGGGCAGAUCACGGCGCGCAACGCUCCGCGCAUCCGCGCCAAGGUGGUGGCGGAGGCAGCCAACGGGCCCGUGACGGCGGCGGGGGAGGCGGUGCUGCAGGCGCGCGGGGUGGUGGUGCUGCCAGACCUGCUGCUGAACGCGGGCGGCGUGACGGUGUCGUACUUCGAGUGGCUCAAGAACCUCAACCACAUCCACUUCGGGCGCAUGAGCCGCCGCAUGGAGGAGCGCGGCAAGCAGCAGCUCGUGGACGCGCUGGAGCAGGAAAUGGCGGGUGGCGCGCGCUUCAGCGACAGCACAAGGCAGUCCAUCGUGCGCGGCAACACCGAGGAGGACUUCGUGUGGUCGGGCCUCGAGGAACACAUGAUCGAGGGCUGGGAAAACGUGGACGAUGUGGCGGAGAGUAGGGGCUGUUCCUUCCGCACGGCGGCAUACCUCAUAGCCAUUGAGCGCAUCGCCCGCACCUACCACACUAAGGCGCUGCUUCUUUUUUUCCCUUUCCAUUCCACGCCCCGCCCCGUGUGUUUCCUCCAUUCCAGCGGAAGCUUCCUCACGAGUCUAUUUACCUCGGCAUCGCAACCAUCAAAGCUGCCUGGUGGGUCCGCAAUCCUCGUUAUCAUGCUCUGUGUUUGGAACCCCAUGCAUCACGAAAGCCGGCUGCUGCACCUGCUGCACCUUAGCCUGAGGCUGUGGAAACGACUGCUGCACGUGCUGGUCGCCGGCACAUCAGGCCGUGACCAUCCAUUUCGCCAUCCACCCUUCGCUUAUCCACCGUCCUGGUCGUUCACGCACUUGAGGGUCGCCCACGCACUUGAGGUGAGAAGACCUGACCUUUCUGCACACUGCAGCACCUCCAGCGCCUACACCUCUGCACGCUCAACGCAAGCGUGUGCAAGGGGAGGGGAGGCGUAUGGGCGCGUGGCUGAGGUGGACGGCGCAUGGCUGAUGUGGUCGCGAGCUUGUCGGGAUGACGCUCGGCCGGCAGUCACAGGCGUGUGGCUGCCUCCUACCCGCCCUGCUGACCAUGCGUUCGGAGGCAAGGCACGGAGGGGCAGACGAGGAGCAUACGAGGUGGAGUGGAGUGAGGGUGGGUGGAGGAGGAGUGUGAGUUGCUUGAUUAGGGUGGGUUGCUUGAUUGGGGUGGGUUGCUUGAUUGGGGUGGGUUGCUUGAUUGGGGUGGGUUGCUUGAUUGGGGUGGGUUGCUUGAUUGGGGUGGGUUGCUUGAUUGGGGUGGGUUGCUUGAUUGGGCUGGGUUGCUUGAUUGGGGUGGGUUGCUUGAUUGGGCUGGGUUGCUUGAUUGGAGGAGGCGACGAGGAGCCAGCGCUGCGGACGAGGAGGAGGUGGCACUUCAGGCGUGGAGGCGAUGAGGAGCCAGCGCUGCCGGUGAGGAGGAGGCGUGCAUGGGGAGGCGCAGGAGCAGAGGCGCUUCACUCCUUCAUUCCCACUCUCAUGCGUGCGCACGGGAGUGAGUGGAGCGAGGAGGUGGCACGGUUGGGAGCGCGGCGGGGAGCAGAGGAUCGACUGCUGCACCAGCAGAGGAACGCAUACUGCUCCUGCUCAGGAAACGGCAAUACCAUCUGCCAAGGUCUUUCAAGCCUGAAGCCGAGGGAAACGACUGCUGCACUGCUGCCCAACGACUUCUGCCGAACAACUGAGGCGAGGAGGAAUGGCGCCACUGAUGCCGCACCAAAGGAACUUGCCAGCUGCUGCACGGCGAGGCAACGCUGCUGGCGAGGAGUCGACGCUGAGCGAUGCCGCGAGGAGGCGGGCGGCGACUGGAGAGCAGCUGACAGCACUGCUGCUGCCCUGCUGACCACUGCUCGCCUCUCAGGGAGCACGGCGCACUCGGGUUCUGUGCUGCUGAGGAACGGGUCCUGCCGCAUCGGAGAAGCCGCCAUGGUCGCUGAAGGCCUGGCUGCUGCUGCUGCUGACGAGGCGAUGCUGCUCACCACUGAGGCGAUGCUGCUCACCACUGAGGCGAUGCUGCUCACCACUGAGGCGAUGCUGCUCACCACUGAGGCGAUGCUGCUCACCACUGAGGCGAUGCUGCUCACCACUGAGGCGAUGCUGCUCACCACUGAGGCGAUGCUGCUCACCACUGAGGCGAUGCUGCUCACCACUGAGGCGAUGCUGCUCACCACUGAGGCGAUGCUGCUCACCACUGAGGCGAUGCUGCUCACCACUGAGGCGAUGCUGCUCACCACUGAGGCGAUGCUGCUCACCACUGAGGCGAUGCUGCUCACCACUGAGGCGAUGCUGCUCACCACUGAGGCGAUGCUGCUCACCACUGAGGCGAUGCUGCUCACCACUGAGGCGAUGCUGCUCACCACUGAGGCGAUGCUGCUCACCACUGAGGCGAUGCUGCUCACCACUGAGGCGAUGCUGCUCACCACUGAGGCGAUGCUGCUCACCACUGAGGCGAUGCUGCUCACCACUGAGGCGAUGCUGCUCACCACUGAGGCGAUGCUGCUCACCACUGAGGCGAUGCUGCUCACCACUGAGGCGAUGCUGCUCACCACUGUUCUACGUGUCGUGCUCCGAGAGUGUGGGGACAUGCUUGUGGGCGUCGGCGCCUGCUCUUGGAGCUGGGCUGGCCGGCUUCAAGCAGAAGCAGGGCGUGCUUGCGGUUGCUCGUGCGACAGCUACCAACUUAUCCGAGAGCCUUCAGAAGGCGCUCGGCUCGUGCAGCCAGGCCUUGACGGUUUGACCGCCACGUGGCCCCUAACCCCGAUGUGGAGGGGCGGCGGCAGAUCCUCGAACACCAGUUCGCAAGUCUCGCAGGAGGAGAACGAACCCCAGCGCAUGCCCCUGUCAUCCUCCCUCAAGGCGCAGACAGCACCGGUGUAUGCCUUCGCCCCCGACUCCUUCGUGUGCGCCAUCACUGCCGACUCGCUCGAAGUCUUUGCUCACACCAACCCGCUGCAGCCCAAAGAUGGCCAGAUGUUCGACAAGCACCUCACUGCCCACGGUACGUUGUUUCCCCCGCCUUGCGUUGCCGUCAUCCUAAACCCGGCAAAAUUAUGUCAGACAAUCACCUUGGAGAGGCGAUGGAUCAUAGAUGGAGCAGCACCAAAACCCACGUGCAUGAGCCUCAAGAGUAGUCUCCUGGGUGAGGAUGCAAGUGGUCUUUGA